CCUUCCCGCGCCACGUGACGUCAUUCCGUUUCCGGCGUCUCGCGCAGUUCCGCCAUGGCCUCCGAGGAAGCGAGCGGCAGCCCUCGUAGGUCUCGGCGGGAGCCGGAGGGGCGCGUCCCGCGACAGGACAAGUAUUCGGUGCUUUUGCCCACUUACAACGAGCGCGAGAACCUACCGCUCAUCGUGUGGCUGCUGGUGAAAAGCUUCUCCGAGAGUGGAAUCAGCUAUGAAAUUAUAAUCAUAGAUGAUGGAAGCCCAGAUGGAACAAGGGAUGUUGCUGAACAGUUGGAGAAGAUCUAUGGGUCAGACAAAAUUCUUCUAAGACCACGUGAGAAGAAGUUAGGACUGGGAACUGCAUAUAUUCAUGGAAUGAAACAUGCCACAGGAAACUACAUAAUAAUUAUGGAUGCUGACCUCUCACACCAUCCAAAAUUUAUUCCUGAAUUCAUUAGGAAGCAGAAGGAGGGUAAUUUUGACAUUGUCUCUGGAACUCGCUACAAAGGAAAUGGAGGUGUAUAUGGCUGGGAUUUGAAAAGAAAAAUAAUCAGAUUCUAUUGAGUUAAUCUCCGUUCUGCUUCUUAAAUGUGGAACCUUGGGCAAGUCAUUUAAGACCUGUAGGACCCUCAGCCUUCAGUGAAACGAAGGGGUUGGAUAAAGCAGAGAAAAAAUCCUACACUACUUUUUCCUGUUCGCUCCUUCUUUCUCGUGCACACACACACACUAUAUACACCGUUUGAAUGGAUCACCACAGGUGGGGCAAAACCAUCAGUAUUUUCCACAGGCUCUCCAGAUGAUUCUGUUGUACAACCAACAUUCAGAACAACAGAUGAGUGAUCUCUCUCUCAGACCCCUCUGAAUUUGGUCAUCGGAAUUCUUAUUUAAAAUAAGGGAAUCCCGAUCAGAUACAAUUUACAGCUCUUAGUUGGAUCAUUAAGUUAUAUUGAGUUGUGUUUGUCAUCACUUGUUAAUGUCUGCACUGACUUAGUAUAUAAACUCCUGAGAAAGAUUAUGUAAUCACUUGCCCAAGGUCUCAUUUGUGUGAUCCAGAAUUAGAAUUAGAAUCCAAGUCUGUCUCACCCUUGCUGCAUAUUUUAAAACAAACCCUCAUUUAAAAAUACAUUAUCUUGACGGGCACCCUGGUGGCUCAGUCAUUUAAGCGGCAAUGCCUGAUUUUGGCUCAGGUCAUGAUCUCAGUUCGGGAGUCCAAGCCUCAUGUCAGGCUCUGCGCUGACAGCUCAGAACCUGCUUAGGACUCUCUGUCUCCCUCUCUUUCUGCCCUCCCCUACUCGCGUGCUCACUCGUGCAUGUGCAUGCUCUCUCUCUCUCCCUCUCUCAAAAGUAAAUAAAUAAACAUUAAAAAAAAUACAUUAGCUUGAACAGAGCUGCAAAUACAUAUGUAUACAUACACACAUAAACAUAUAUGCAUGCUUUCCUUUGAUUAAACCCAUCUUGGGGAGGUAAACUGUGUCCUAGAAUUUUUUUGUUAUCUAUUAGAAGCAUCUUGAAAGGGAAAAUGUUUUUGAAAUUAGCCAUUAUCCCAGCUAUAUGACUAAUCAUGUUAUUUGUGUAAAAAUAAUCUUUCCGAGGGAGGGCCUUGGUAGUUAGUUACCUUGGCUUUGGAGAGAAACUGUUCUUUCCAGUUUGCCCCGGAAAACUUUUUUUUCUGAAUCGGAGUUUACUAAAAUAGCUGCAAUAAAAAAGUCACUUUUUCCAAGGGCAAGGAAAGUCUUUUUGAAAUACUAAUAAUAGCUAUUAGUAAUAGCUUGAAACUGUUACUUGGUUGUGUUGGAAGCACACAUCCUGUCAUUGUUGUAGACUGGAUGUCUUUGCUAAAAUUCAUGUGUUAAAGUACCUUACCCCCAAAGCAUUGGUAUUUGGAGGUGGGGCCUUUGGGAGGUAAUUUAAAUAUAGUGACCAUGGGGCACUCAUGGUAGGAUUAGUGCCCUUUCAAGAAGAGACCAGAGAGAUCGGCUUCUCUUGGCCUCCUCCCCUCAGCACAUAGCAUGAAGGCAGCCCUUUAAGCUAGGAAGAGGGUCCUCCUCAGGAACCAAGUCUGCUGCACCUUGAUCUUGGACUUCCCAGCCUUC